AACUUUUCCGAGGUAUAUACACCGGUCUGGGUGUUCCUACGGAUAACAUUGAUGCAUGUAUAAAUGAGGGUCUACAGACCAUACAGAUAUUUGAGGAGUGUUUCCAUGAGUUCAAGAUGGGAAAGGUAUUCCAAGGUCUACAACUCCUCGGCACAGCCCUUGAAGAUGUUGCCCAGACUCUGACAAAAUGUAAUUUUUUUUCGAUCGCUAAGAAACUCCUAGACUAUAUCACAGAUCUCUUGGAGUGCAUGGAGGGUAAUUGUGUUAAGUUCUUCAUCGACGUUAUAAAGGAGCUCCGGAUCCUGUUUUUGAAUAGGUAUGAGAUCUACGGGGAUAUCAGGGGUGCCGAGAAUAGCUUUCAGCAAACGGCUUAUCAGCAAGGAGGGCUGUGUAUCGGAAGAUUUGUCAAGGCUUGCUUUCUGGUACAAGACUCCCUGAUGACCAAUGGUAGUUUGGAGUAUGUUGUGAAGAUGACUGGGAACAGUAUGAGUAUGAAUGCUUUGAAGCUUAUUGCCAACGGUAGAAGUGAGAAUAUGAAGCUGAUCGAAUCCGGUAGUAAGAUGGGGGUGAAGCUGAUUGAAACUGGUAAAAAGAAGGGGUAAAUUGAUUGAAAGUGGCAGAAAGGAAGGAGUCAUUUUCAGGCCUCUCAUAAGAUGAAAAUGCGUUUAUGUGUUUUUUUUUUCGGGGGGGGGGGGUGAGGGGAGAUUACAAGGUUCGGCCUUUGGUCUAUUGCUCUUUAUAUCAGUAGCAUCAGUAAUAUGACACAUGUUUUUGUAAUUGUGUAU